AUGGAGAAGACAUUCCAGGAGCCCACCACCACAUCUCAGUUCAAGAGCGACGCCGAGCGUCAGCAGGAGAACGCCAAGCUCGCCGAGCAGGGCAAGCCUCAGAUCCCCGGUGCUGCCGGUCGUGAAUCCGUUGCUAGCAAGGAUCCCAAGGAGUUCGACACUCGAGGCGGUCCCGGUUCGGAGGGCAACAAGCCCAUUCAGGAUCCUGUCUUGUAA